GAAUGAGCACUCAAUUCACUAACUCACUCUUAAGUACAAAUAUUUUCAACAAUGGUUACUUCUUCUUCAACAAAGCUUGUCUUCUUUGCUUGCUUUGUUCUCUUCACAUUCUCAGACACACUCGUGGCUGGAGAAUCCGACAAAGUUCAGCUCAAUCUUUACUACGAAUCACUUUGUCCCGGUUGUCAGAGAUUCAUCGUUGAUGAACUAGUCAAAAUCUUUGACUCCGAUCUCGAUACAAUCACCGAUGUCAAGCUCGUUCCAUUCGGUAACGCCAAAGUCUCCGAUAAUCUAACCGUUAUUUGCCAGCAUGGUGAAGAGGAAUGCAAACUAAACGCUCUUGAAGCUUGCGUCAUUAAUACUUUGCCUAACCCGAAAUUGCAGUACAAUUUCAUACGGUGCGUUGAAAACUAUACCAAAAACUGGGAAUCAUCAUGUUUAAAUGGCUAUGGAGAUGAGAAAGCCAUCAAUGCUUGUUACAACAGUGAUCUCUCUAAAAAGCUCAUACUUGGGUAUGCAAAACAAACCUCGAGUCUUAAGCCGGAACAUGAAUUCGUCCCAUGGGUCACACUCAACAGCAAACCACUCUAUACUAAUCUAGACGAUCUGGUGGGCCAAGUCUGCAAAGCUUACAAAGGAAAGACUCCACUCCCAAAAAUCUGUAGUUCCUCUGCCUUGUCGGAGUGGAAAAUGUCGAAGCUUGAAUUCUCCUAUGUCGAUGAAACUAUCAAUCACUAAGUUAAUUAUCAAACCACUAAGAUGGAUUUAAGCUUAUGUCAGUGUGAAAUAAUUAAAUAAAGACCUUAUUUCUAA